AUGAAUGUUCUGGUAGGACCCUCUUACUUCCUCUUCCUACUGAUCAUCGGGAGCACCGCCUUCGAGAAUUCCGAGUCCGAAUGCCGCGUCAACUCGGACUGUCCGCCCACACACAUUUGUCUCUUCGAUUUCUGCAUCCGCAAACCGAACACUCGCUUUUUGGCCAAACACCAGAGCAUCGGCGACGAUUCGGCCACUCUCGAGCACUGUUCCCCACCGAACAGCCCGCGAUGCCUCGGAAGAACGCGUCGGUUCGACGUGGUCCUUUGUGGCGGACCCGACAAGGAUCUGUGCGAUCGGACACUCAAAUGCGUCGACGGACAGUGUGUUCCCGAUGGUUCUCGUCGCGGCUUCAUGUGCAAGUGGUUCGAGAAUUGUUGA